UUGAUCUUGAAUGCAAGACCUGAUCAUGAUGCUUGCAGUGUCUGUAGCAAAUAAAAACUUCACCGGAGCAACAAGCCGCAAGACCGUCUCUAAAAUUGUGUUGUAUUUGAGACAGUUAAAGCCACUUGACGCUGUGCAGACAUCAUUUAAGGGAAAAUCAUGGUUGAUCUUCACAGUCUUCCUCAAGACUUCUGGCCAAGGAAUAGUCUUCGCAACAAUGGACCUGUUCAACUGCUCAUGGAACGAAUGUACUUGAGAGAGCUGGCUGAGGGCUGGCCUUGCUACCGAGACGCCUGUGAAUGGGACAACUUCGCCUCGAUAUUCCAUGAUGACGCCCAUGUAUAUACGACUUGGUCUGGUCGCGUUCACUUUCACGACUUUAUCGAAGCAUCCAAAGCUGGAAUAGACAAAGGUGCUUUCAUUAUGCAUCGUUGCCAUGGUCUCACAACAGACAUCAACCCUGAAGGGACUCGCGCGGUGACCAAGAUGAAAGCGACUAUCACACAGCGGUUUGUGCUAGAUGGCGCUGAAUUGGAUGUAGAGUGUGAUUGUCGCUUCUGUUUCUUCUUUGAGAAGGCUGACGGGCGAUGGGGAGCCAGAUUCGUAAGACACUGGUACGAGAAAGACAAGUUGAUUCCAUGCAAUCCAGCCAAGAUUCCAAAUGUCGACGAGGAAAAAUUGAAGACUUAUCCAGAUGGGUAUAAGUUCCUAGCAUAUUUCCAGGAAGCGAUUAUGGGAGCUAAGGUGCUGCCCGAUAUGCCAGGACAUCGACGGCACGCAGGUACGCCCAAUGGCGACAAGCAUGAUCUUUUGUAUCUCCAAGCUAAGGAGUGGCUUGAAGGAAAGAAUCUGAUUUUUUAGACGGGCCUUCCAAAAUUUAUAGAAUGAACUGCUGGGUUCGAAACCAUAGCGUGGUAUUUUGCACGGUUCAUUGAGCAGAGCUUCGGCGCGAAACAAAAUUCAGCCCGAUUGCAGGUCUGAAUAUACCUAAUGACUAUUGAGCCACGAAAGAUUGCUAUAUCUAGACAGUCUCUGGUAAAGAGUUUGAAAUG